AUGUUUUCGAGGAAGCAGACUCCGAAGGCGGUGCAGAUGGAGGCGGCGGUAGUCCUGGUGGCGGGGGUGGCGGUCCUGGAGGGAGCGGUGGUGGUCCUGGUGGUGGCGGUGGUGGCGGUCCCAGUAGUGGCGCGCCUGGUAGUGAAGGCUUCCCCUCGAUGGACGAUAUGGAUAUGGAUUUUGGAGAGGGGGAGCACUACCCCAGGGGAGACCAUCCUGAAAUUAUGCAAGGCGAGGGGAGCGGCUUCCAUCCGACGUCGAUGGCAAGCGGUGUUGAGGAACUAUCUCCUACCAGAGCAGGAGCGUCAAUGCGUGUAAGUCAACGAGGUCCUGAGGGCGAAGCUCAUCAACGGGGUCCUGAAGGUGAAGGAGCUAGAAAGAGUCAAAAGCCAACAGUUAAGGCUUGAUGAUGCGAUGCCCGCAUUUUUCAUAUUCAUCUUAUAAUAUAUUAUAACCGCGAAAAAAGUAAUCAUUAUUUUUUCCCUGUUCAAGCCAUGGCAAUGCAUGCAAGAAUCCAGAGCAUGCAUAAUUUCAGAAAUCGGAAAAAAUCGAAAUUCUCUAUUAUAAUAUUUGAAGCAUCUUUGUUUCUUGGAAGGGUUUCCAAUAUUAUGGUGUCUAAGACAGCGACAGGCGCUGAAGGCGAAAGAGGUGGUAGGCCCGAUUUAUAUGACGCUCAUUUCGCGCAAAAUAUAGUUGACAAUGUCUUCCAAGACCGCGAUGGCCUGAGCGUGGAAGAGCAGCUGAGAGGGAGAGGCGCUCAAACGGCAGCCUUUGCGGCACAGAGACAUCCUGCGGGUCAAACACACUGGAAAGACCGGGUCAAGCGGGCAUCGAUCCUGGAGAAUCAGCAAGUGGGCAGCGUCUUCGCAAAACGGCAAGCGCUGUACAAACAGCAAGGUGGUAGCAACAAGUACGUCGCUACUGGUGAUAACGUUCCGAUGCCGGGGAAGGCCAAAGAUCCUAGGAAAAUGGUGGACAAGUCGAAACUUUUGCCAGCGCAGAAAGCAAAUUUAGUCGACGAUACCGCUUACCUUACUCAGGGAGAAGUUAAGGUUUUAACAAGAAUCCCAUCUACUUCCCGCUCCCGAGCACCUUGGUCCCGUUUUUAAAGGUGGGAGUAGAAGAGGGCCCAAGACGCUGCAGCGGAUGGAUUUCAAUUUCCCUUAGAAGUUCUAAACAAGCCACACUUGAAGAUAAAUUUGCGGAUCCACAACGGCUGAUGGGUCGCUCGAGUAUCUAUGAACGCGAAGACCGAGGAAACGUCUUUGAUCGAGAGGAACUGAAGGAGGCACGGAGUCGUGUUGUGGCAGGUAUAAUACGAAUGCAUUGGACCUUCAUUUGACGCAUUUGUUCUUGACAACCAACUAGAACAACUACAUGUACAUCUUCUACAUUGUUCUUUUAUUUUAGCGUCCGUGGUAUUAAGCCUAAAAAUUUUUAUGUAGCUGCUAUGAGUAGUGAAAGUCAAGGUCAACAUCUUGAACAUCUCCCACUUCCAUCAAUCGAUCCUACUCAUGAGUCUGCACUCUCUCCCACCUAAACCUCUUAACAGUGACUGAGCGUGAGCGUGGACCUGUACCGAAGCGUAUGGAUGUCAAAGAUGACACAAGCUACAUGGCUGAUGCUGCUCGACAGGGUCCCAAACCUGGGGUAGCGGAAAAGAUAGAUUAAGGAAAGCAGUUGUAAGUUUUUGGUGUUUCUGUUAAUGCCGUUUUUAGUUUUGCAUUUUUCUUAUGUCUAAUCUGUAUCUGCGUAAGCAGUCUGCGUAAGGGUAAGCAUCUGCCUACGCAUCUGAUAAAAAAGAGAAGUAAAUGCACAAUCAUAACUAACGGGAUAAACUACUACUUACGAGCAUGCAAAUGAACCUUCCCUGCUACCUCUAAAUAUAACCGAGAAACCCGUUGGAUGCUGAACGUUUUGCCGCGUUUCAAAAAGCUGUCACGGGUGACGAUGCUGAGAAAGCACGGGUUGCGGCUGAGCAGUUCGACCAAUACGGUGUGCGCUUCGCGAACAAUAUCACAAAGGCUUUUUAUGGCAUUACUAGAUUCAUUUCGAUGAUACUCCGGGAAUUCCAAAUCCAAUUCGUUCUAGCAGUAAAGAUCCAUCUAGCAGUAAAGAUCCAUCUUGCAUUCCUCCAUCUGAUCUUGGAAGUAGCACUAGAGGUAAACAACUUUUGCGUAAAACAAGACUUUUUCAAUCAAGAUAAAGAAGACAUGGAAAGGAUGCCUUUCAGGAUGGACGUACACGACUUACGUCUACAUCUACAUCGACUACAUACUAAACAUAACGAGUUGACUGAUACUGAACGUCAUCCUCUAAUACUCGCAUCGAGAAGCACCGGUGAGCAGAAAUAUGAGAGGAGCGCUAGCGGCAGUGGGCGCUUCGGAGGGAUCGCCGGAAAUGGGAAGCCCAAAAACCAUUACAUCAGUGAAGCCAAGCGCCGGAUUCCUCAACUACAAGAAAGAUGAUGGAACUGCUACUGGAGUAAUGGGAGCGCCGGUUUUACAGUUACGGGUCUUUACCACAAGAACAUCAACAUUGUUAGAUGAACGGAAACUGUAGUUUCAUUUUUGUAGCGGUCAUGCAAGAAAGAUCGAAGUUGUAAUGAAGAAGAGUAACUACUUGAAUGCUUUAACAAUAAUGUCUAGUACGGUGGCACUAUUACUUCUAGUAGUUCUGCCAUGGCUUAUUCUAAGUUGCAAAGAUCGUCUCCUAUUCCGUCUUGUUCUUUCUUUUCGUUUUCCUUUCCAUAAUAUGGAAUAACACUAUGCCAAAAGCGAACAUAGAAACGUGAUUUUUUAGCCAGAAAACGCACAUAAAGCCCAGGAAUCAGCUGGGUAGUAUUCGCCUCAAAGUGGAAAACUUUCAUUCAGAGACGAAUGACGUACAAAAAAAGCGCUUUUUUUUGCGUUUUUUGUAUGUGUAUCAGGUGGAACCUAUAAAGAAAGAUAUAACGAACACGAGGUUGUAGAAGUAGUUAAUGAUGAUGAUGCUCUUGAAGUUGAUGUAGCUCUUCUUCUCACAGCAUAAUCUUUUUCAAUAGAAGAAGUAUUUUAUUCUACUCUAAUCUCAUUUCCACCUGGCUUUGAUCAUCGAUCGACGCCUUAUGGGAUGGACGCGAAUGCGUAUAAUGCGCGCAGUAAUCUUCGACUCAUGGCGCUUCAGCUUGCACGACAACGUAUCCGAAGAUUAAGGCUGCUUGGAAGUCGACCUCCGCACCCUUUUAUAAUAACUAAGCAUGAUAGAAGAUACUUGUCCUGCUUGAGACCUAUCAUGCCUAUGCUUAGAGGCCAACUUGCUGCAAUCCCUCUAAGGAGAGCUGUUUCAGGGCAACAAAAAGGAAUUGGGUCACAGUCGCCCUUUGAGGAGGGUGAAGACGCGAGUGGCGACGCCUUCCCCGAUCCCGAGAAGUCUCACCUUAUGAUGCUAGUAGAGAUGCUAUUUCUAUAAUUCCAGACUACCUUAUUGCACGCAUGGUGCGUGGACCUGGAGUGCGUGGAGGAUAACAUUGAAUCAAUACAAGAUGCAUUCCUAUUCAAUUCCAACCUAGUACAGGUUAAGGAGCUACCCCUAUGUAUUCUCAUCAAAGAUAGAAGUAGAGUGAUGAUUUGAUUUUGAGUUUAUUUAUGCUUGGUAAUCAACAGAUUCAGAAUACACAGUUGUCUUGUUAAGGAGACAACUACUACAUCUACUACUCCUCUAAUGUAUCCGCUGACAUGUACGAGAAAGAGUUGGUUCCUGCGGCAUUGACGCUACUGGCGGAAGGACAGCCUGAUGUUAAGGGUUGGAAGUUGACUUGACCUCUCUAGGAUGAGCAUAUCUAUGACCUUUUCAAGCGGGAAACGAAACAAGAGGAUACGUAUGAAUGUCACAAGCUAGCUAGGUCACCUACUUGCAACCACUAACUGUGGCAACUUGCUACUCGCGGGAAUGCGAGAUUACGUCUUCUUCCUGACUGAUAGGAAGGCUACUUUGUCAGCAACCGGUAUCGAGACAACAGCAGACCAUCCACAGAACCAGAAGGUGGUAGAAUUAUGGCUACUUACCCAUUACUCUUUACACCUUGAUUACUUUAUACUAGUCCUAAUCAAUAGUAAUUUCUGUGACUAAUGUUGGCACUACUACUACUACACAUUUUAUUAAUGAUUAGUCUAAUGAUAGUACUACUACUACUCCUGACAGCCGGUGAGCACUCAGAUACCAUCAACUUGAAGAAGAUGUUGGCAUCACGGUCAUGAUCAACAUUCAAAGACGAUAUGAUCUUCGCAAGGGAAGAAUGCAUAUGUAGUAUACCAUCUCCACAUUCACAUUCUCCUUGUUCUAAUAUACGUAAAUUUAGACACAAUUGCUCCUCAGUUGUAUGCUAGUCGUCUUAUAGCAGUUGUUGUAUGGCGUAUAUGGCGUAUAAGGUCUUGAAAGAUUUUGUCCCUCUGUCUCCUUUAAAAAUUUCUAGUUCAAACAUCGACCCUGAUUCUCUUCUUCUUCUAACACCUGCCGUUUACAAACGAGCCGGUGAGCACUCAGCGUUGCUUGAGGAGCAUGAAGAUCAGAUCCGCGCCAUGGGCUUUGAUAUGUCUUUAAGGGUAGGUUAAAGGUGCUCCUGUUACCGUUUGUUGUGGCUCUCCUAAGGGAGACAGGCAUAAGAAACGGGGCAAAGAAACGAACACCCAAAACCUACCUCUAAUGUCUGCGAGCCUUUUGGCCUCGACCAAAGACACACUGCUUCGAUGGUCAAAGCAGCAAGAUGCAUUGCGGAGAAACCCUUUGCAUACGCUUGGAAAGUCGACACACGGAAAACUUUUGAUGGUAUAUCUUCUUCUUCACUUGUUAAAGCUUAUCUUCACAGAGAAGAUAUUCAUAUGCAGUACAACUACAGCAGAAACCUGAACUUCAUUGAUCUGAACUUGUUACCUCCGAUCUACUUGCUUCCCUAUACUACGUUUACUAGGACCGCGCUCGCUUAUUGGAUGCACAAGCCCAAGAAAUACGGGAUAAAGCUGGAGCCUUAGUGGAUGACAGAGGUCAGUUAUGGCUCUAAUGUCGAGAUGUUGUAAGUUACUUAUAAGUACUUAUGUAUUAAGUGAAAGUGUGUUUUUUUUAGCAAAUCAUGUUGAGAAACAAGAUGAAGAUUUUUUUGGAUACUACGUAAGUCUAACUACGACUAGUUACUCGUACUCUUGCAAGGAGAAGCACACCAGCAACAUCAUAGUACAAUACAAGAAUUAUUAUACCGAAGAUUAGAAUCCUACUUUUUCCUCUACGCUAACAUCUGUGCUGGAAGAAAAAUCGAAAGUGCCUCCGCUUUUUAGUAUUUGUGUUGUUCGGCACUUCUUUGAGUUAGUGGACGGUCCCGAAGGGCGGUUCUUUGACGUGAUGCGAAACUACGCAAAGUUGCGACACCAUCAUACACCGGAUAUGCGUGGAACGGAUUUGUUGCAAGACUUGGGGCGUGUCGCAGCAGCUCUGGACGCGAUCCGAGCAGCGGAAAAGGAGCGGCCAGGCUACUUGAAGGCACUAGAGAUUAAGGCCGCACAAUAGGUAGAGAUAAUGAUAAGCAUUUGAAUUUGAUUUCAACUGGACGAUCAUAAGCAUUUGAUUUCAAGAUUUCAACAGUUUCCCAGGUGGAGAUGUUUUCUCUUUGUUUCCUUCUCCUUUCUGGGAUUCUUUCUCGAGCUCUAAUCAGAGGAAUCAAAAGGGCGUAGUCGAGUUGCUUGAGGGGCAAGAAAUUCAGGACGUGAUCUUAGCGGUGAAGGAAGCGAGGAAAGCGAAGCCCUUUCUGAACGAAGGGGACUGGCUUCAGCAUCUGCAGCGUGUGAUUCCCCAACUGCUCUUCGUACGCAAAGUACCUUUGAAUCUUCUCUUCGAGGCUAUCAGGGAGUAUGCUGGCCAGAUGGAGGUGGAGACAGGACAGAGCUGGCUUACACAAGCCGUUUGGAAGCGGGCAAAUCAAAUCUUGCUCUUCUCGAAAAUUAAGGUUCAGGUUCUUAGAAAUGGAAGGUUUUGUAAGUCUAUCACUAUCUUCUCUAAUAUGAAAGAAUGUUCCGUUUGUAGAUGUAGGUACUGCAUCGCAAGUAGUCUGGGUCGACGUGAGAGGACAGGUAGGCUCGUUUUUCUCAACCUCCUUCUUUCAUAUCUUACGAAUACGUCUCGAUCUGUACCUAAUUUAGGCAAAAGCUUCCUUCUCUACCUAAACGUAUCUUACCAUUCUAAGAAAAAGUACUACGAAGCGAAAGCGAAAGAGCCAGUGCCUGAGAGUUUUAUGAUGGACAACUAUCCUGCGAACUUUCGUGGUGCAGGUGGUGAGGCUGCGGCACAGGCGUUGAGGGAACUAGAGAAGUUAAGGGUAGGCUAAAGGUGUUCCUGUUGCCGUUUGCUUUGCCUCUCCAAGGGCGGCAAGACAGAACAAACGGGAAACAGAAGCACCAAGAUCCUACCUCUAAAGAAGGUAGAGAAGGAUCCUCAAGUCGACGCACAAGAGGUAGAGGCUGCUCGGCAGGCAAGAGAAUUUUAUGGCUCCUCUUGUUGCGCGGGAUAUUAAUGUUGCACCUUUUGGUUCUAUGCUUGUGCAAGAACUUUAUUAUCUACCUAGCAUCUUGUUCCAGAUCAAGAGCGUUUUUGUUUUUGAAGAUGUCAUGUCUCUCUCUCUCAGGAUAUUUUUUCCGGGUUUUUUGUAGUUAAUACAGAAUAAACAUACUUCUGACACUGACUACUGAGUAGAAUUCUGAAACAGAGACUCAGUUGUUAACACCAGAAGAACCAUCUCUAAGAACUAAAGUCGAUCAAUAUUUACCGUAGCGAAGGAUCCGGGAUGCAUGGUUUGGGGUCAGCCAUGGGUUCAGGCUUUUCAGACACUGGCUCAGCCGAUGAUACGGGAGACAACAUGUUUCGAGGAGAUAAAAAUGCUGGCAUGAAGAUGGAUGCAUCUGGAGUAGGCUCUUUUUAAGGCUUUCCCUAAUCCAUCUUCGGAAGCACCCUCAGCAGGCUUUUUUUCAAGGUGAACGACAAGAUGCCUAGGGUCGACGCGUCAUGGGAUGGAUUAGGGUCGUGAGCUCUAAUGUUUGCGGAUGGAUGCAGGUCCUCCAGGUGAUCGUCGCUUAGAUUCUGAGUCGGAGCUUGCUCUCAAACUCCAAGCAGAUGAACCCGAUUUGAAAUCGGCGCGAAGCGGAAGCAGCGACAACCGCAAUACUGUUCAAGACGAGCAGCAAGGGAGUGGUGGAUUUGGGGCUGCAAGUCGUGGAUUUGGGAGUGUGGGGGAUCAACAACUAACGAGUGCUGAUAUAGGUGGCAUCUUAGACCAGCCUGAGGGCGUGGACGAAGAAAUUGCCAGUAGACCAGUGACUCCAAGAGAUAAAUUUGCCGGUGGGAAGCACAAACACCUAAAGCCACAGCCACGUGUACGAGAGGCAGCGGCUAAGUACAAGAAUCCCAACGCCAGGGCGAAGCCUGGUGAAGAACCUGGUGAUCCAAGAACAAGACAACCUGGUGAUUCAACAGGUGGCGAUCCUGCAGGUCUACAAGGCACUGAACCUGGCGAUGCGCCUGUUGUGGCUGAUAGACGCUUAGACUCUCAAUCUGAUCUUGCUCUGCAGCUUCAAGCGCAUGAACCAGUAAGACCACCUGGUGAAGAUGCGGUAGCGGAUGAAGUUAAGAGCAGAGGAAUGCGGGAGUUGUUGUAGCACAUGUUAAAUUACUUCACCUACUGAUCACAUUAGUUACUUUACUUUCUUGUUACGUCUUCUACUUCUUAUAUUGCAAGGAGUGAAUCGAACAAACAUCAAUGGAUACGUAUCCGAUACGCGUAUCCUAUUCAUCAUAUUCGUAUCUUAUUCAUCGUAUCUAUAAUCUAUUAUCAAUCUUCGUGUCUUUUUUUUCUGUCUGCAGCUUCUCUAAUAAGAAGCUUUUUUCAGACGGUGCAGACGAAGGACAAAUGGAUGCUUAUAGUCCUCGUAGCGAGAGGUCUGGGUCUGCUAGAGGAAAGUCUCCUAGAGGAGAAGUGACACCCAGAUCGCCCAGAACAGCGGUAGAAGCUCAUACUCAGCAAGUGGACCUUAAGAGACUAGUCUACAAGAACUAGAGGGUUUGCAAACAAGUUCCAGUUCAAGUUUGUUAUUGUUACAAGCAUGAACAUGAAGAUCAAGAUGAUCAACAAAAUAAAGUUUUUACUUCUUGAUAUAUCGUCGGUCAGGGAAAUACUAGUACUAUCUAGGCAACCAAAUUGCCGAAAUUUAGAUUCGAGCCAUCAUCUUCAUCUGCCUCCUCAUCUUCUAACACACGGAAUAUUGCUGACAAAAAGGACGUCGAUCACGUAAAAAGAAGGAUCCCUGUGGCUGGACGCGACAAAUUUGGGCAUAUCAUCAAGGACACGGAUAAAAUGAAAGGCUACGUACGUCCGAAGUAUGAGAAAUACCAUGCAAUAAAAGAAGCCGAACGUAUUGCCGCCGAAGAAGCAGAGGCUGCGAGAUUGGCAGCGGAAGAUUAAGGCUACAACUUCUUGAUCUCGUAGUACUAGGUAGGCUCUAUCACUAGGAUUUUCGUUUGAGUCUCUAUUUCUGUGUAGUGUAAGGUCGUCGGAUGUUGAUCAAAUUGUAGAGCAAAACGGACGGUGGAGAAGACGAAGAACUAUGUACAACAACUUACUACACCCAAAAUGAUAGAUUGCAAGAACACCUAGAACCUAGAUCUCAUUGCUAGAAAUGAGACACGAGAUUCUAGUGGUCUCCCGGUCCUUCAACUAGUGGUAUACUUCUCAGACAAGUAGAACUUGAAAGACACAGACCUUCUAGAAUAUUACGACCUUCACCUUCUUCACUGACUUUUACUUCUUCACAACCAUAUCUUCUAGUAGCCUUUUACUUCAACCACCAUCAUAUCUUCUGGUCCUAUUAGAACUAGAACUACAGCCUCUGCAGCCUCUGUUUCUUUCUCUAAUCACAGGAGGCCAGACGAGCAGCGGAAGAAGCCGCAAGGAUCGCCGAAGAUGAGAGAGUGGCUGCUUCUCAAAGAGCUGCAGGGAUUAUUACAAAACCAGAUGUUUCGCAUGGAGACGCGCCAUUAAGGCUAAUCACGUAAGUACUAAAUAAUGUUGCUAAAUUAUUGUACCGCUGCUAAUAGGUGAAUGACGUACUAAAUAUUGUAGCAGUGUCAAUAUUAGGGAACUACUUCUAUGUAACUACUUCUAUUUUUUCGAGCAUCAUGAUGAUGAUCAUCUACAUGAAAGUCUUUCUGUACUUUCUUUUUCCUCCUAGGAUCGGACGGUGAAAUCAUAGAAUUUUCAUGAGUUUCGUCUUUGUUGAAAAGGUGAAGCUACUCAUCUAAUGGGAAUGGGCUUUGGUCACGUAGUCAAAGCGAGGGAGAAAGAGUUGAGGGAAGAGUUACCUGCUGGUGUUUCUGACUAUGCAGCUCGUCGAGACGCAUUCGCAAAAGCGCAGCAAGGUGGCAUCUUUCCAACUGCGCACCAAGACUACUACAACUCCGGAAAAAGUCCACCGCAAAAGAAGGAGUACAAGUUAAGGGAAUUGAACUAAAUCAAUGCUGAAUUCAUUUCCAAGUAGUGUCGUUUUUCUUUGGUUCCUUAUGCGGAAAGGGAGCUCAAAGUGAUUCAUUUUCAAGUAGUGUCGUCAAUUUUCUUUGUUAGUCUUAUUUCCUUCUUCGGAUUGUUCUGAGAAGAUAAACCGAUAGAAGAUACUUUUACUUCAAGAACUUUGUUCUAUUUUUCAUCACACCCACUCACACUCACACUCACACAGUUAUAGUUAUAAACGACCCAAGAAACAGGUACAAGUACAAGAUCAAGAUAAGUAAACUAGUACCUCUAGUUUAGGUUUACUUUACCCAAGAAACUAGUACAAGUACAGGAAAAGGAAAUAGAACAAUUAAAUCGUUGACCUCCUCGUCCUCUAAAGAAGGACUUGAAUGCGUACAAUGGUAGUCAGUACCGUGGCCGGGAAAUAGUUGAUGCGGCUAGGGCAGCGAAGAAAAGGACUCCGUCUCAAGUGCAAUUCAUAACGGACGAAGAUGGAAAUAUGAUGGUCGCUCCUGGGCAAAAAAUAUUAAGGCAUAAAAACUUCCCAUUUGAACAACAUGAUCGUGAACUAUGCUGAGACUGACGAGUGAGUGGACUCCCCUCCCGUUUUCUUCUUCUUAAAGGGGAAAGAAACUGUAAGGAGAAAGAGAAAGAGUGGAACUCGACCUUAUACGAAGGGGCAUUGGGAAAAAGUAGCGCUAAGAAUGGGUAAACAACAGAAGGAGGCGGAUGCGGCAACGGUAGAAUGGAAUAUCGGGGUGAAUAUUAUGGUGCUGGAGUUGGUGGGUAGUAGAAAUAGUUGCAACUUGUUUUUGUUGAGCUAUCCGUAUCUCCUGUGGUCAAGAACAUUUCUACGCAUCAUAAUAUUUAUAUGUAUCUGUUUCUAUAUUGACUUAUUUUUCACCGAAAAAAAAAUCUAAAUCUUCAUAAAAGUAUUGGUGAAUGCGACUUACAACUAGAUACUACAUGGGUCAACAAGAUCAACAUCACCUGAAAAAAUAAAACUAAGCCCCUGAACUCCUGUCUAAGAAUCCUGCUGGCGCGGCAUCGAUCUCCGCACAAGGUCGGUCCGACUUGAUCAAAAACACCGCUUUAGCCUUGAAUCCGAACGGCUUUCCCUUCUGGCUGCAUCUGCAACGAGUGAUCAGCACCUUCGUCGCAACCCGCGAGCAAACGCCCACUGACGAGCUAGUAUCCGCUUUACUUACCUACGCGCAAGAGUUGGAUGAACAAAUACGGCAUAUUUUAAUCUAAUAGAAGCAAAGGUUUGUGUUUGAACACUUACUCGCAAUGUUUAUUUAGCAGUUUGGUUUUCUUUCCAACGAAACAUCCUGAAGAGCAGGCUUUUCAAGGGGAAAAGUGGAAGAGGAUGCUUCCCUCCUUAAGAUGGAUCAGGACUUUGAGCGCUAAAACAAGCCAAGGAACUAAACGGCAUAGUCGGUUACGCACAGGUUGUCCGACGACGGUUGCCAGAAAUCCGCAGUUUGUGCGACAGGAAGGAAGCCUUAGACGACGCUUUUCUGUUUAUACAGAAAGAAGCGAGGCACGAAGUUAGGGCUCAAUUAAUAUACAAAGAUCCAUUCGAUUCUACAAGCCCCUUUUUUUCGCUAUGUCCUUCUCAGGGCCAUUGGGCGAAAUGCAGGCAAGAAAUGAGAUGAGUAGUACUAGCUUUGACUUUGAGCUGCUGGCUCUAAUUAAUUCGAAGCUGGUGAAGGCAUUUAUCCCAUGCCCAGUGGGAAAAUCCGUGACUUCGCAGACAAGUACGACCAAGCGGUGAGAGAGGAGGAAAAAAUAGUCAGAGCAGAGCUAGCUGAGCAAGAACAUAUGUUGAAAAACAAAGCGAAAAACGAAAUCAUAAGACGACAAGCGGAACUCGCAGCGGAUGCUUCAGCACAAGAACUCAUCUUAUGGACUCUGAAAUCGCUGUUGCUUAUAUUGAGACAUCUGCCUCUAUCUUCUUUGGCUCACCAGCAAUUAUAUCUUGAUCUUCAUCAUGAGUACUUAGCCCCUUCUAAUCACCGAAAUCGCCGAAGAAGAGCAGGCCGCUUUGGAAGCGUUUUUGGUGGACCAGAGAGUCUUAGUGGAGCAACGACUUGCAGCUAAGCGAAAGGCGGGCGCACAAGCCGCAGAAAGAUAUAUGGGUGAGCUCGCUGCAGGCGGUGAUGCAGUCGACGGGGGCGCGGCGAAACAUUUAGAUGCUCUUCGCAACUACGCCGUAGACCGUGCAACGUCUGAGGAGCAACUCAGCGGCGAACCGCUAGUCGCGGAAGUAAUUGAAACAGCGAAAAAACUGGAUCAAAUCGCUUUUGGCAAGUUAAGGCUAACGAGAAUCUUCAUGUUGUUAUUGCGGCCAUAAAAAGGCCACAAGAGCCGACAAUGAGUCUAUUCCAUCAUGUGGGGUCUUACUUUUACUUAUGCUUCCAAAUCCAAGUACCGCUAUAUUUUUUCACCGUUCUUGAUUGAAUGUUGAUUUUGAUUGUUGUUCAUCCUUCUAGCGCAUGGGCUCGUUUACUUUUACAUACAGUUAGUACAUUAAUGAAGGUCUUCUUCUUCUUCUUUCUUCUAACCACGGGCCACCCCGUCGGGUAUUUAAUCGCGACGCAAAUGAACGGUGGGCAAGACUUCAACGAAAUGAUGCAAGAGGUGGCGGAGAUCGCUGCCGCAGACAGAGCAGAACCGGAACGAAUCGCAGCCCUGCCGGUGCCAACGAAUCAGCAAAAGUUAAGGUCGUGAACUUCAUCACUCUAGUUCAAAUAGAAAUACAUGAAAUUCUUUAUAAGUAUGAGAAAGAAGCAUCGCCAACUUGAUAGUUUUUUUCUCUCAGGACAAUGAGAAAGGGAAAGCACGUCAACAGUUCAAAGUUCUUGACUAUGACUUUGAUCAAGGUGAACUAUUUUCAGGAGUUCGUCGUCGUCGUAUUAUACGACGAGUCGUUUCCACGGAAUCGUUUUGAGCUACUUUCAGGUCGUAAUCUUCGUAUCUCUAAAAAAAGAGGCCAACGCUGGUGCGGUAGCGUAUGACCCUGACGCACAUUUGGCGGUUCGACAUCCAAGUUUGUACAAGCUUGUCGACUUCACCCAGCAAACGCAAGAGGCGUUGCUCAAGGCACACGAGAAAAAGGAGCCAAAAAAAGAAGGAAAUUUAUGGAGUUGUGGAUUCCCCGAUUUUUGCAAUUUAUCUUCAAUUGUGUUCUUCCUCGUUUACUCGUUAUAGUAAAAUCUAUUUUCCUUGGCAGCUGGGUUUUGUUGUUGUUGUUGUUCCCCGAAGGAAUGCAUAGAAGCUAGGGUUGCUGCAUCUAGAACAAGUAACACCCCGUCUUGUUCUAAGAACUGCCGAUAUUAUGGACCUUUUGGAUUUGGACGAGGAUGGUCAAGGUGUGCCGAAGGUUCGGUACGGUCGAUCGACGAUCAUUGAGGACUUCGAUGAAGUCCAAAAACGCACUCAGCCAAAAGACUUACUCAACAUGCUCAAGGAGGAGAACUUUCGCUACGAAGGGUACGGAUUGAAACCGCAAGCACCGGCGGAGAGACAGCCUCAACGCAACAGUUUGCAAGACAUGCCGGACAAGCCGAACGUGAAACAAAUGCUAGAAGGGUUAGACCCAUUGAUUAUCUAUCGAAAACGUCGAGAACAGAAAGUCGCUGCAGAAAACGCUACAGAAGCAGAAAAGAAGAAGCAAGAGGAGGAAGCAUGGGCGAAUAUGCAAGAAGAGAUCAAAGCAAUGGAAAAUUAAGGCUGCUCACAGUAAUUGACUCAUCUUCUACUUGUACUUCGUUCUUCAUAGAGUAGAAAUAUCCCUUUGAUGUCUCAGUUACAGUUUCCUUCUUGGAUUUCCUUGCCUCAUUUUCCUUCUUGGACUCUGAAACUAUCAUGCCAACCAUUAAGUACUAGGCGUUAGAACGCUAUCAUUUAUGAUCCUUAUCGGGAGCAGCUCUAAGAAGAAAGGAAAGUAGAGCCACGCGAAAUCGGUAGGCACAUCAUGAAAAGAGUGCUGAGAAUUGAGCAAGCAGAAAAAGAAAACGGAAAGCCUAGUCCGGGUCUGGCUGAGGUCUUGGCAAAAAGGGGUCCAGACUACGUACCAGGAUAUCAAGACGCCCGGUUACAGCAGAUUUUGCAAGGUUACAAUUACGGCGACAUCUUCUUGCGUAAGUAACUCAUCUCUCGUCUAGGGAUCCCAACGAACCGGAUACAACAUCAUCAACUUGAUGCUAUAUAUUUUUACGUGACAAGAAGGGUCAAGGGGUAUACUUUUAAUUGAAGGAUGAUCUCCACAGCGAUGACCUUCUACGAGUACUUCUAGGUCUAAUACAAGGCUGCACAAGAUAGAGGCGAAGAUGUGCCGAAAGUAAAGCUAAGGGAUUUACGCGAUUAUGCGGCGCAGAUGGACACUGCUGACGCGAAAGACAGGCCUGCCCCUCCGAAAGACCGGAAGGAUCUGAAUAUUAAGCCUUGCAGUGUCAACUGUCUAUUCGUAUUGAAAAUCAAAACAAAUUGCAAUUUAUCUUGUUAGGAAUACGAAUAAUCGAUCCAUCAUCUUCAUCUACUCUGCAGCGUUCUUAAAGAUACUUCUCAUAUAUAUAAAUAAAUUCAUCUUUAGAGCAAAAAGAGCCUUAGUUGUAUUUUAGCCCUUCCUAACUUGUCGUCUAGAGGGAAACCUAGAGAGACAGAGGAAUGAUCUUCACUUCCUUCAUCACAAGAACAAGAAUGUGAACACAAUUUUCAUUUCUGGCUGAAUGGCCUCUACUACGUUAGAAUAUUAACGACACAAGAGGUUGUUCCAUGACAUGACAUACGCUCUAACACUCGCUACCGCAAAGCGGGGGAAUCUCCUCGAGGUGAUCUGGGUGGCGCGAUCGAUGCCCAUGCUGCGGAGGUUGAGGCGGCCUUGGAAAUCAGCAAUACUGGGAGGAUCGCGCCGGAAACGAUGAAGACACUCGCCAAAGAAGAAGACGAACGAGAGAAAGCGAAAGCACAGAACAAGACCAAAGUUAAGGCUACAUCCAAUCCAAAUUUAAAUCCAUCUGAUCUCUAAUCUAUCUAUGCGGACCGAUGAAGCCUGUUAACAAAAUGAAUCGAAGAGGGAUAAUAAGGGACAUCACUCGCUCCUGCAGGAGCAGGAUUUACCCCGGGAUGGGUUUGUGAAUUCCGGGACGCUCUAACAAACGGAUACGAGAAUCUCUCCUGGAACUAGACACGCUGAGCAACGUCAAGCACAGGCUGAAAGACUUGCUAAGGGUUACCACAUUGCAUUCUUCACUUCCACUUCCGUCCUCGACUUUUUUUCCAGUUACAAAAGAAAAAAAACAAGGGAGGUCGCCAGGGAUGAGCUGAAGAAUGCAAAAAUGUCGCAACCUCUAAACUUGGACCUGCUCACAAAGGACCUCAAAGCAGACGAUGUGAGGAGAACAGUGGACGGAACUAAGGACAAGGAGGAAGGCCUGCAUCUCGCGUUUCGUGAAAUUCAGCAAGAAAGAGAGGCCUUAGUAAAAAGAGGAAUCCCAGAAGGGACCGUGGCGGAAAUGAUCCAGAACAAAUUCUCUGCCAAAGACGCGGCAAGCAAGAACAAGAACAAUGAACUUAUGGUUGAGGUCGUGGAGUGCCUCUUUCUUACUCAUCGUAAUGAUCAUAUUUGACAUUGACUCAUCGUCUAAAAAAUUAUUGACUAUCUUGAUCUUGAAUCCUGAGUGCCUGAGCAAAGUGAAAAAUUGUAAAACAAACUCUCAGGCAUUGUUCUUUACUAUUUUCACAGUUCUUCAUCUUGUGUUGUUUUUGUGACAAAAAGAACGCUGAAAUCAUUCCUCGUAGUAGAAGCAAGCAAUAGCUCUGACAGAUUCAUCCGUCCGUCUCUGCCUCUAACCUUCCUCAGAAACAAUACAAUUAUUCGCGUGCGUUGCUUCGUUAUGGAGCAGCUAGAAUACCUGGUUAUCAUGAAGCGCGAGUUCAUGCUGUCGCAGAGCAGAUGAUUGCUGAAGAUCCAAACAUCACAGCCGAAUUCGCGAAGCUGCAGUUGCGGAAAUACGCUGCUGAACUCGAUCGGGAUGAGACGAUGAAUGUUGUGAAGGCAGAAGAAAAGUACAAAGAUGACGUUCCAUUAAGGCUCGAUACCAUUCAUUUCGUCCAACUGUCAUUUCCAUUUCCUUCUUUUCUUCUUCUUGUGAUAGAUUCUGAAGAAAUGAAGGUAAGAAGUGUAUUGAAAUGUUUAUUUGCGCUCUAAUGCCCUCGCUGCAGGCUGCUUCCCCACGCACAACCGCAGAAGAAAAGAAGCAGCUGGCUAAUGGGAAGGCGUUCAGCAACGCUCUCAAAACGCUAGAGCCAAGGUUAGACAAAGAGAUUACCAAAGCCAACCAGGAAGCACAAAAGACGAAGCCUGCUCCGCGUGCUUCACCUAGACCAAGUAUGAAGGGAAAAAGUCGUGCACUCAUUUUACUCAAGAAAUGUUGAGGGAGUCUCCUAGUACUGUACUUGAACUUGUCCCUAGGAGAACGUAAAUAAGUAGUUAUUUCUUGCUGAUCAGGAUGAGCACACUUUUUCCUGUCAUAGCAAGUGCUGCCAUGUCUUCCUCAUCUCCUCGUACUGCUGCUUCGCCAAGAACUAAGGAUAAGCCGAACUUCAAUGAAGUUUUAGACAGGAAAGACAUCAAGCGAGUGCGCAUCUUCGAUAGGAUUGGAGAUCGAUUAGCCGCACUGGGCAAGGGCCCCAAAGACGAACUCGACAAGACCAAGUUUGGGAAUCAGUGGGAGCACAUCCAGCAGGUCGGAGUCAAACUCCGUGAGCAAGAGGGGAAGUCAGCUGCUAGUCAGGGCAAGACGAAAAACGAGGUAGACAUCGAAGUUGCGCGUCGCGUGGUCCAGUACACUUAUGGCCACCUAUAAUAUUUCAUUCAUCUGUACCUCAGCAUGUUGGUACCCUUUCCUCAUGGAGUACAAAGGUAAAGGUACCAAAAUGAGGGAGGCGAGAUGAAUGGACGCACCUGCUAAUAUCCUGUGGAGCUAGAAGAGCGGCUUUUGUCCAAAGCAGCAGCGAUGGCCUCGUCACCUGGGUACAUCACGGCACUAGCCGCCUUCGGCCCGGCGGGUUUGCCAGGUUACCAUGCCGCGCGCGUGUGUGAGACAGCGGUUGAAUAUGCCAAACGCUAUCCGUCUGCCAAAGCCAGCGUAAUCACGCGCAACGUGCGUACCUACGCUGAGGAAGUUUUAGACCUGAAAAACUUUGACGACAAAUUCGCAGCUGCCAUGGAUGCGUCCUUACAGGCGAUCUACAGUGAAGUAAAAGUUAAGGCUACUACUGAAGCAUCCUCCACAUUAUCCUUGGCUCUUUUUCUACUUGAAGAAAAGGAAGCUGCCAAGGAUGCUGGCUCUCAGGGAUGUUGCGACCGCGGUAGCUCUAAAAAAGACAGCAGCAAAGGCGUCAUUUCCGAUGCUGCUGAUCGACUUCGAGCUUUAGAUGUGCCGUCAAAGGGCAAAAAUGACGACGAGAACGAGCCAGUGGUCGACGAGUGGCAAGCGUGGAAAAGGUUGAGGGACAAGAUUUUGCCGGAUUUCCUUUUCAAGCAGCCGAAUAUUACAUUAAGUCUCAACACAAUUCAUUUCCACCAGUCAUUUCUUGCUGUUUCUUUCUUGGCGGGAUUCUGAAAAAAUGAAGGGAAGAAUUGGAGUGCUUAAAUUUGAGCUCUAAUCACAGGACCCCAAUUGUUCUCACUUCUAGAGGAGUACGCGAAAAAUAUGGGGAAGGCCUACGUCGCCGCAGUGAAAGAGCACAAGAGGGAAAUCGAAGCUAAAGGCACGAAUCCGACACGACUGAUCGCGAAGAUUGGCGCUCAAGUGACUACUGAACCGCAACAAGGCGGCGGUGGUGGUGAAGAGUUAAGACUACAUCAAGACUGUUUAUGUUUUAUAAAUCAACACCGUUUACAAAUUCAAACCUUCGUUCCUAGUAGAGGACUGAUACUUGGCGAUAGAAGAACAAUCAUGCCAGUGACUCUACUUCGUCUUCAUCUUCGUUCUUCUACUUCAUCUAGCAUAACAACUUGAUUUUGAUGUUGUUCUGCAUGACAUUCAGCACAGUUUUUUUUUCAUCUCCCCCUCCUCCUCUUCUACUUUUCUACUUUUCUACUUUCGACACAGGCACAGCACCAUCAUCUUGCUUCUAAUAAAAGACGACUCGUCCUCCUCCUGGCCUCCGAAUAAGAUCAAGACUACUGCUGUUCGUCUCGCAAAUCAGAGACCGGAUAUGCCUGGGUCUGAGAUUUUUGACGCGUUCCUAGAAUUUGGAGCUGACAAUGCCAACAUGAUUGAGCAUCUAAUGGAUAUGCGUCAAAUGAUGAUCGCCCUCAACGCGGACGAAGCAGAUAAAAAGUGGCGAAUGGAAGCUCUCACUAUUUUGCACUUAUGGCAAAUGAAUUUGAUGAACUAAGCCGUCGUGAAAGUUCUUGUAGGAGUUCGUACAACUCGUAGUGAAUGGUUGCCGUUGCAGCUAAUGGUCUUUCGUCGAUUGAAGCUGAACGGAGAUCUAUUUUUCCCUGUGUGUAGUUGUAGAGGAGCGUGGUGCUAUGGUGCAUUACGACUGGUUCGUACAUGAAUGUAUCUCUGCCUCGGGUGGAUAUGUUGUCCGCAACUACAUCCAUCAAAAGAAGUACUAGUACUUUUAGCCGCCCUCCUCUAAUGGCUCGUCUAGUCCAAGAGCGCACAAUGAAGCAUUUGAAGCAGCUGGUUGCGAAGCUGUUAAAGGAGCAGCCAAUGAUGCCUGGCGAACUCCUGCUGGAAGCUCUCCGGAGCUACGGUAGAUACCGUCUGAACACUCAGGGGGAUCGGGUCUUUUCGCUCGCAGUGGAAGCGCAUGCAGAGGAGAUCACCACUGAGUGGGUUUACAACAAAAGCGGUCUAGUUACGGCUCAAAAAUGCAAUUAAAUAAUCAUUUGCAUUCCUACCAGUCGUUUGCUUCUCGAUCAUAUUUCUUUUUUAGGAUAUUGAGAAAUAUGCUGUUAUAGAGAAAUGAAUUGCCUUGAGCUCUAAUCUGGUUGUCCGUCCAGACACGCUGACACGAGCUGGCAUAACGGAUAGGAAUCUUGUCGGAUUGGAAAAGUUGUAUUAAGGCUAGAAGAAAUCCAUCUUCUUCUUCGCGAGCAUCUUGGUCCCGUUUUUAAAGGGAAACCGGGAACCAAGACGAAUCCGAAGAUGGAGUUCUCUUAGUUCUAACUCUAUGAGCGGUACAAGAAUCCUGUGCCGAUUGAGCCUGCAGAUCCUCACGGCAGUCCGGUAAAGGAGAUGUUCACCCAGGGUAGAGAAGCUGGAGCGUUUCAAAAUCAGUCGCCCUUCGCUAUGGGUCAAAACGCUAGACUUGCCGAAAUUGAACGGGAGCGUGAAAUACGAGCGAAGCAGAUCAGAGAAGGAAUGCCAAUGUUAAGACUUCCGCAAUAAAUUCGUCUUGAGCGGCAUCUUUGGCACGAUUUCGAUGGGAAAAACAGUCAAAGAUGCGCUUCAUGAUGAAUAGAUAUAGGUAAGCUCUAAGAAUGAUGGGGAACCUGUCUGAUUCUGCCCAUCUGCAGCUGCAGGCAAGGCAAAUGAAUCUGGAGCAACAUGUGGGCGGGCAAUAUGUGGCUAGACUUACGGCUUGAACUCGAUGAUGUAGAUGUUGUUCCAGCACUAUCAAAUUUAUUAUUAAUCCGUGAAGUAGAUCAAGAGAAACAGAAACAUCAUCUUGGAGCUGUGGUCGUUGUCCUCCUGUAAGCACAGAGGUGCUUCACACAGCUCCAGACAAAUAAUGGAUGUGAGUUCUCCACCAAAAUGUUGAUAGGAGAAGGAAUUAGAUGAGCCUCGUCCUCUAAGAGAAAGAACUACGCGGCAGAGCAAGCGGGAGUGCGUCAUCGUGGGAGUGGUAACUAUCAAAGCGUUCGCAGUAACCAGGACUACCACGAUCUGGUCAACUUCUACGCCAGGGACCGCAAUUAUGGUCGCCACGCUGCUGAGAACACGGACACUCAGUUUCUGCAAAACACGUUGCGACCGGAACAAAAAAGGAGAGAAGAUCAAAUGCGCGAUUUUUUUUACCUGUCAGGACAAGAGCCGCCAACCGCGACGUCGAGCUCGAGCGUAAACAACUCGUCGAGCGCGCAGAGUUCCAGUGGAGUGGACAGCGAUCGCAGCGGUGCGAUUUCGAGCGCGAGUGAAAGCAGCUACUAUUAAGGGUAGUUUAUCAUUAUCCCACGUGGACUAUAGCGAGUGAAAUCCCCCUGAUCUGCAGUGGAAAGUAAUAUAUUGAAAGGGGGAUGAAAAGGGCAGUGCACUCGACCAGGGAUAGUGAAAAGCUACCUCGAAUACUACAGUAACAGCAACAAUAAAGAUCCUCGAACUAAAGAUGAACGACGUCGCGCUGCUGAGAACCGCGUCCGCGAACGGAAACCCGCAAACAUCGAGUACUACAAGAACAUGCUGAAACAACAGCACGACGAUGCGUUCAUUCAGAAAAACAGAAUUCCGCCGCAGCUACAAUUACGGCUUCCCCUAAUGGUCCAUCUUCAGAUAGUACAUCUUGGAAAACAAGCUGUUCCUUAAGGAGGGAGAUUUACCAAGAUGCAUCUCAGGAUGGACGAUAAGGGUGAGCUCUAACACAAGUAGCAGAGCAAAAGACACUUGCCCAACACCAGCGAAGCGCUCUCGUGCGAGAUCAACAUCAUCAACAAGCAUUAAGAUGUUCAUUUGAUGUUUUGUGUUGUUCAUUUGAUCAUUUACUUCCAACUCUUCCUCGACUUCCUUAGAUGAAAUUAUCCAGAGAACAGGAAAACGUCAAAGAUCCUGUGGGUAACAUGCUCAUGAACAUCAAUCUUAUUUUCUUUUCCAAGAAUUUAUAGAUAUAAUUUUUAGCUUCUAAAACCUGAUCCAAAUUUUGGAUCUCCAGGUGGUGGCACUUUAUCUCCUCAACAACAACAUCCGCAACAUCCAAGAAAGUUGGUGAGAACCUUUAGUGACCGCAUUCGUGCGGAAGCAGAGGCGGAAAGGCUUGAAGUUCUGUCGGAAGCCUCUGUUCAUUAAGGCUCAAUACAAUUCAUUUCUACAAGGCAUUUCUUGCAGUUUCCUUGUUGGGAUUCUGAAGAAAUGCAGGCAAGAAGCGAAAUGUUUUGAGCUCUAAGCCCACUCAGGAGCGUCUUCUUCAGCGUCACGCUCUUCACGGUCAAGCAGAAGCUCUUCUUCUUAUGGCAAGCUACUUAAUAACUAAUUCCAAGUAAAAAAAAGCAGAGAAUGGAGCUAGUACUUAUUUAACUAGUAGUUCUUGUUUUUUCUUGUUUUCGGUGAAGAUCGUGAUGCUACAGUUACAAUAUUCUAUGCAUAUCUCACACUCACUAAUUGCACUACUAGUAGUACUACUUCUGCUACAACUGCUACUAUUCACCUCUCUGUCUCCCUCGUUCUCCUCUAAUCCAGGUUGGGGGAAGCUGGCAGAAUUCGUCAGUCUAUGCCUAGGAGCAGCAGACUGAGUGCAAUUGUAGCGGAUAAAAGCACGUCGCCAGUGAGCAGUCUCCGUGGUUCCUCUUUGUGGCGUGCUGAGCAUGCUGACCCGACCGUCCACGCUGACACGAACACCGCCAGAAGGGGCCCUCCGCCAGCGAGACGACGCUCAAGCUCGUCUAGGGGUUCAUCUAAAUCUGGAAGCGGAGUAGACCGCGAGUUGGAGUCCUUAACGCCAAAGAAACGCAUUAAACGAGUGGAGUUUUUAAGGCUUCAUCCCUUGAACUUGAUCCAUCAAUCUUCAGAUGAAGCAUCGAUCUUGAAGCUGUCUGAGUCUUCCCAUUAAGGGGAAAAGAACAGCUCCAGGAAGAUGCACCAUCUUGAAAUGGAGAUAAGGGUGAGCUCUAAAGUUUGCAGAGGAUGUAGACGUUGUAGAGGUUCACAAGGGAGAAGGGUAUGCUGCGAGAUCGAGACGAACGAAGUCCCGAAACUCUGGUGCGCGAAAACAACAAACUCAAACUACAGGAGAAGCGACGGGUAGUCCUCCUGGAGAGCGAGAGACAUCCUCACAAUCGCAAUCAUCACCUUUGACAUUGUUGGACAGUCCUCCGAUUUCAACCUUACUUUACCCGAAACAGGUAAUUAUAAAACGUCAACAAGUAGGAGUUGGAGUGCCAAAUCAAGGACAGCCACAGCCACUGCAAGGACAGGGUCAAGAAGUGCAACGGUCUGUAGCUCAACCUCAACGACAGGAAGCAGGAUUAAGUGGGAUGCCACCGCAGGGAACGGGUACACCGAUGCAGGGUGGAAAGAAUGCGCCACAGCAUGGACUAAGUGCGCCACAGCAUGGACUAAGUGCGCCACAGCAUGAGCUAAGUGCGCCACAGCAUGGGCUAAGUGCGCCACACGGACUAACGAUACCAAGUGAAGGACCAAUGCCGCAUCUACGAGGGCUCCCGAUGUCGCAUCUCCAAGGGCUGCAUGUGCAAGGACACAGAGCGCCAUUACAUCAGGAACUAACAUCUGUGCCACUACAUCAAGGACUAACAUCAGUUCCACAACCACGUGGGGGAUUAACAGUGCCGCAUCUUCAAGGAGUAUCUUCUAUGGCUAUGCCACAACUACUAGGACUAACAGUGCCACAAGCACAGGUAGGACAAGGACUAGCUGCCGUGCCACAUCAUAAUGCAGAUGCGCCAGAUCAUGGUCAAACUACAAUACAACCACAGCCACUAUGGGGACCAAGUACGACCACAGCGACUUCUCCUACAGGUAAAUCGCCUUCAGGUAGAAGUGUAGAUUUUUCCUCGGAUGAAGAUUCACGAAGUGGUGCCGAAGCCGAAAUCAUGAGGCCUCGUUUUUCCGCACCACCUUCAAAGAAAGCUUCGCCUCCGGAGUUGGAUUUGCACAGCAUAGUGCAUGAUGUAGUUGUCCAACGAGUAGGUGGGCAAGAUCAUGGAGGACAGUACGUUCAUCAACCCGGAUUUGGGAUUGGAGAUCAACUAACCACGGAGAUGUUGACGGGAGGAGCAGGUGUCGUGAUUGAUCAACCUUCUCCUAUUGUUGAGGAGCACCUACAACAGGAGCACCAGCAAGACCUCCAGCAACAGAACCGCGAGGGCGCUCAUUUUUCUGCGCCACCAGGUGGAGGUGAUCAUACAUCCGUACCACCAGGGCCAGGUGGAGGGUUUCUUUUCUAUCCAGAUGAAGCGUCACCUGAAGAUGUUAGUAGAAGUAGUUCGCCACUUUCUUCACCAUAUGCCAAUGCGAAGGGUCUUCGCAACGUCGGGUCUCCAACGAGACCGCGCCAUUCGGUCUUCAACCAGGUGCCGACUAGUCCUCUUUUAGCAGCGCACAUGGACGUUCCCCGUGGCACGACCAUAGCCGCUGAGAUCAUUGCCUCAGCAAAAGACGAAGAGGAAGUCCGACAACUUGAGCUAGACGAGUAUCAGAACAAGGUUCUAGCGAAUUUGAGUGAAUAUUAAGGCUCAAUACAAUGAAUUAGAAUUGAAAUUCAUUUUUCCACGGCAUUUCUCCCUACUAACUCCUUUCUUAGGAUUCAUUGGGAGAAAUGCAGGCAAGAAGUGAAUUGCUUCGUUGAGCUCCAAGAAUACUACCUAGGCCACAAAACCGCCGCAGCGAAGCGAUACGCCAGAACCCGAGGUGAUAUUGCGUACUACGGACCGCCUAAAGGUGGAGCGAAACGCACGAUUAAUCCUCUCCCCGCUGGCGAAACGGUCAUGAGACUGGGAAACCUGAGAAUAGUCACUGUGGAACCAGGCCAAGGGAUAGAACUUUCUACUAGACCGCCAAAAGCUAAAGCCCCUGCGCCUCCGAAAGUAGAGCAGAGAAAACCAUCUGCCCAAAAGAAGAGUACUGUACUCCAAGACGUUCCUAAAUCUACAAUGCCGAUACCACCUCCCGACGGAUUACCACCAGGUCUACCACCAGGCUUAGCAGCAGGUUUUGGCGCUCCUCCAGGAGGUCCUCCGGUGCCACCAGAAGACGAUAUCGACGUUGGAGAUAUAGCAGAUAUGCCAGGUGGAGAUGAUAUGCCACCUCCAGGGGAUGACGUUGAGGAUAUGCCACCUCCUGAUGAUGACAUGGCAUUGCCCGAUGAUGACAUACCACCACCUCCCGAUGAUGAUAUGCCACCUGCUGACGAUGACAUGCCGCCUGGUGAUGAUGGCACGCCUGCCGAUGAUGUUGAUGACAUGCCACCUCCUGACGACUUGCCAGAAGACGGGCCGCCUGCUGACGAUGCUGAUGACAUGCCGGCACUUGGCGGCGAUGACAUGCCAGAUGUCGAUGGAGGUCCUCUGCCAGGAGAUGCUGAUGGUGGUUCCACAGGGGGUUCAUUAGGUGAUGAACCACCUCCACCACCUGAAGACGCACAAAGUCAAUCUCAAGGAUCCGAAGGCGCUCCUCCUCCACCGGCUCCUCCAGGGUCUAUCGGCGGACCGGGCUCUAUCGGCGGACCGGGCUCUAUUGGGAGACCGGGCUCUAUUGGGAAACCGGGCUCUAUUGGGGGACCGGGCUCUAUUGGCGGACCGGGCUCUAUAGGAAGACCGGGCUCUAUAGGAGGACCGGGCUCUAUUGGGAGACCGGGCUCUAUUGGAAAACCGGGCUCUAUAGGAGGACCGGGCUCUAUAGGCGGACCGGGCUCUAUAGGGAGACCGGGCUCUAUUGGGAAACCGGGCUCUAUUGGGGGACCGGGCUCUAUUGGCGGACCGGGCUCUAUGGGGAGACCGGGCUCUAUUGGGGGACCGGGCUCUAUUGGGGGACCGGGCUCUAUUGGUGA